AUGACGCAGCCAAUUUCGAUUCCAGAAGCAUGGAGCGUUACUUCCAGAGCGGCAGCGUAUGCCAUAUGCCUUAGUGUUCUGACGCUUGCAGCAUAUUAUGUCGUCCCAUAUGUAUCCAACAAGGGCAAGAUGAACGAUAUCCCAGGCCCACUGAUAGCCAAGUUCUCAAACUUUUGGAGUCUUUACUGGGCAAGGCAACAUCAGCUUUCAUGGGUCACCUAUGAUCUUCACAAGCAAUACGGGGACUUUGUCAGACUGGCACCAGACCACGUCAGCAUAGCACAUCCAGACAGCAUCAGAGAUGUAAUGGGUCACGGCAACGGCUUCCUCAAGUCGGACUUCUACUACGCCUUUGACAAUAUCCAGUCUGGGAUCUUCACGACUCGGGACCGCGCCGCACACAGUCGGAAGAGAAAAUAUGUCUCUCAUAUGUUCAGUCCGAAAGCCAUGGUUGGCUUCGAACCCUACAUGACCACGGCAAUCGGAACGCUGGCACGCCAGAUGCGGAGAUUGCAAGGUAAAGGAGAGGCAGCCAUUGACGCCGCCCAAUGGUCUGCUUUUCUCGCUUUUGACAUUAUCGGUGAUCUGGCCUUUGGAGAACCAUUCGGUUUCACUGCGCUUGGUCAAGACUCCAACGGCGGAAUCAAGAAACUUCGUGACCGAGGCGAAUGGUGCGCAACGGUCGGCCAGAUGCCGUGGAUCAAAACAUGGACGCCAUACUUUUUCUUCGACAGCUUCUUCACCAAGGGCCUCCAAGCGACCAAGGACCUCGCAGCCAUUGGGAUAGCCAAGGUGGAAAAGCGCAAACUGGCGUCUCGAGACUCGUCGCGUCGCGACAUCCUGUACUACCUCCUCUCCGCCAAGGACCCCGACACGGGCGGCGACCUGCCGGACCUCGAAGUCAAGGCCGAGGCGCUCACGCAACUGAUCGCCGGCUCCGACACGACAGGCAACACGAUCACGCACCUGGUCGACAUGCUCUGCCGGCACCCGGCGGCCCUCAAGACGCUGCAGGACGAGCUCGACGCCGCGUUCCCGGACCCGGUCGCGGCAGACUUUGUGGCAAUGUUCGAAGACUGCAAGGACCUCCCCUUCACGCAGGGCGUCAUCAACGAGACCCUCCGCCUCCGGACGACCGUGUCGGUCGGCCUGCCCCGCGUGGUGCCCAAGGGCGGCGCCAUGGUCUGCGGACGCUUCUUCGACGCCGGCACCGUCCUCUCGACCCCGACGUACACCACGCACCGGGACACGAGGGUCUGGGGUCCCGACGCCGAGGAAUUCAAGCCUGAGCGCUGGACCAGACAGGGUAGCGCCGACUUGGAAAAGGCCUUUCUUGGCUUCUCGUACGGUCCGAGAGCAUGUAUCGGACGAAAUGUAGCGUACAUGGAACUCAAAAAGACCGUCGCCACCCUCUUCCGCCUGUUCGAGUACAGACUCGUCUUCCCCGAGCGGGACUCUCACAUUCGCGAAGGUUUCCAUCUCAAGUGUCAGGAGCUGCCUGUCUUUGUGCGCAGGAGGACUUGA